GCAAAUCGGGUAGGCACGCAGAUCGGGUAGCGACAAUGCUUCGUGACGCUUUCAGGAGCGACUAGAAUCUGAAGCCACGCUGAUGUCUCACAUUUAUUAGUACGCAAGGCGGAAGACUCUUGUCGAGAGGACUAAAAGAAAAACCAGAUAUUUACUGUCACAUUUAAAUGGAUGUGAAAGAGGAGACGUGUGAGGCAGACGUAAACACUAUGGAGAUUGGGACCAUAAAUGUUAAGAAAGAGGAGGACUGUAAGUGGGAAAGUGUCCACCCUAAACAAGAGAGUUUGUGCAUUAAGGAUGAGGAAUGUAAACUGAGAUUAGUGGACAUUAAAGAAGAAGCUGAAGAGAAAUGUCUCAACAAUGAGAUACACAAACAUACAAGUGUGCAGAGUGUCAAAGAAGACAAGCUAGAGUAUGGUUGUCAAGGUGGAGCAGUGACUGAAAUGGUCUCUUCAGAAAGCAAAUACUCCUCAACAGAGCUUGCCAACAAUUUGAAGUCUGAAAUUUUACAAACUGAUGUAAAAACGACUCCAGAAGUUUCUUUUUUUAGAACUGAGGAAAAUCAGCUACCACCUACAAGCAAGUAUAGAAAAAGAAGCAAAUCUCACUGCUGUCCCGAAUGUGGCAAACAAUUAUCUACCAGGAGUAACCUUCUGAUCCACAAAAAAAUUCACACAGGAGAGAAACCAUAUAGUUGUUCUGAAUGUGGCAAACAGUUUUCACAAAAAAGCCAUCUUAACAACCACAAAAAACUUCACACAGGAGAGAAGUCAUUUUGCUGUAAUGAAUGUGGCAAACAAUUCUGUCACAGGAGUAAUUUUCUGCGACAUAUUAGAACUCACAGAGGAGAGAAGCCAUAUUGCUGUUCUCAAUGUGGCAAACAGUUUUCACAAAAACACCAUCUUCAGACCCACCAAAGAAUUCACACGGGAGAAAAGCCAUUUUGUUGUGCUGAAUGUGGUGUGCAAUUCUCUGACAGGAGUAGUCUUUUAAACCACAACAAAGCUCGAACUGGUGGCAAGCUGUAUUGCUGUUCUGAAUGUAACAAACAUUUCUGUAGCAGCAGUAAACUUCAGAGGCACCAAAGAAUUCAUAUUGGAGGGAAGCUGUAUUGCUGUUCUGAAUGUGGUAAACAAUUCCGUCGUAGGUGUUCUUUUCAGAGACACACUAGAAUUCACACAGGUGAAAAGCCAUUUGUGUGUUCUAUAUGUGGCAGACAAUUCUCUGUCAGGAGUAGUCUUUUGAGGCACACAGAAACUCACACGGAAGGGAAGCCAUUUAGUUGUUCUGAAUGUGGCAAAGAAUUUUCACGAUCCACACAUCUUCGGGGCCACAAAAGAAUUCACACAGGAGAGGAGCCAUUUCACUGUUCUGAAUGUGGCAAACAAUUCUCUGACAGAAGCUAUCUUCGAAGCCACACAAGAAUUCAUACAGGAGAAAAGCCAUAUUCCUGUUUGGAAUGUGGCAAAAAAUUUUCGCUGAGAAGUACUCUUCAGAUCCACACAAGAAUUCACACAGGAGAGAAGCCAUAUUGCUGUUCUGAGUGUGGUAAACGGUUCUCACAAAUCGGCAAUCUUUUGGGCCACAAAGGAAUUCACACUGGAGAAAAACGUUACUCCUGUUCUGAAUGUGGCAAACAGUUUUCACAAAUGAGCAGUCUUAAAAGACAUUCACGAAUUCACACAGGAGAGAAGCCAUAUUGCUGUUCUAAAUGCGGCAGACAAUUUUCUUAUGUAACCAGUCUUAAGAAACAUUCUGCAGUUCAUAUGAGAGAAGGAAGAUGCCUUGAAGGAGAAAUUUGUCAGGGGAAGAAGAGAGAAAUUGAACCCUCUGAACAACUGACAUCUUGACAAGUACCUUCAUGUGGUGGGCUUCAUUGAUUAAGUUUCAUACCCAAUUUCUUCAAAGCCAAACUACUCUUAUGGAAUAAAAAGAAUUAAAAAAAAGUAAUCAAUUCUCAGCACUUGUUUCCCUGGAUUAAAAAGUGUCCAUCCUUUUGACUCAUUCAGCUAGGUGAUUUUUAUUUAGAUAUUGCAACAUUUUUAAAUGAAGAAAAGAAGACCUAUAUGGUGUCAGUCCAGAUAAACAGUGUCACUGGCUAAACCUAUAUUAAAAGUGCAACUGGAGCAAGACAAAAAAGAGAAAUGGACACAGUCCAGUGUUCAGAUGAGGGUAAAGAGAAGGUUUUGUACUGAUACUUUUUUUUUUAGACAAAUACAGAAUUUCCAAAUAAAGGAUAAUAAAACAGGAGGGCUUGUUUAGGUGCAAGAGACUAAAUGUUUCCAAAAGGGGGAGUGCAGGAUGGGUUCCUUGUGGCAAACAAUGGAAAUUUGCAAUGCUAGGAAAUAUGCAAACUAAACUUGGUACAAGGAUAGUUGGCAGAUUGAAGCACUCAAGAAAUUUGAUUCCAUGGUUGUGUAUUGGGUUCACCGACAAAAGUGCCCGACAAAACCGUGACGGACAAAUGAGCGAGAGAGGCCAAGAGAGGGUGAUGCGUAUGUGUGCAUUAUGUACAUAUUAUGUGCUAGGUUAUAACUGUUAUAACUGCUGAUGGCAUGUCGCGAAUAAAUAACUCAGUCGAGGGUUGG